AUGAUCGCCAACCUACCCGCACAAGAGAAGCAGGCGUUCUUUUCGCUGCUCGACGAGUACUUUGCUUCGCGUCCAAAUCGCCUUGCCUCAUCUUGCAGCACUGCUACACCUGUCUCCACACAGCGAGGAGUAGCAGGGCUGACGGAUCGAGCCACAUCUGCGGCGGGGAAUGCAGCGGGAGCUGCGGCUAGCGCAGCGGUGAGCAACGCACUCCGAGACCAAUUUUCUCGCAACGGUCUUGCUUCCAAGGGUGCACCGCCUCCUGCACCGGCUGCUAGCACGAAACCGGGAUUCAACGUCGCUGCCAGUGUAGUCAGUGGUAGAUCGAUCCGAGAAAUCAAUUUGGGCUCCAGAACAAGCUCUACUUCAAGCGUCCCAAAGGCGACCACACCACCAUCUACAGCAUCAAGAACCCUCCCGCCGCCGACCAGGACCGCUGCUGGCAUUCCAGCUCCAGCUCCAGCUCCAGCCCAGCCUACAAGCAGUCUGCCAGACGGUGUGAUAGGCAAAGCUCAAGUGCUCUACGAUUACGGCGACGGAACAGACCAAGACGACCUUGUUGCGAAGGAGGGAGAACAUGUGUAUCUGACCGAAAGCAUCUCGGAUGAUUGGUGGAGGGCGAUGUCUCAUGAUCAGACCCGACAGGGAAUUAUCCCUAGUACCUACGUUAGGCAGUUGUAG